AUGGGAAAAAUGAUGAAUGAACAAGCCUGUAACUUUCAUUGUGAUAUUGAAAAUUAUCUGAUCAAUGUAAGGAAAAGGCUAUCUUUAUUAAUUUAACUUUAUAAAUGACAAUUGAUAAAUUGUAUCGUUUUGUAUAAUCGCUCAUGAAACAAUUUCAAUUCUUGAUUCCAAUUACUCUUACCUGUUAUCGUGAUUUCUCCUUUUUGCUUGACGCUCCUGGUUCUUUUCACUCUCAUUAGCCUUUUGCCUGUAUCCAAUCUACUGAUCAUGUCUUUUUAACCAACAGAGCUUUUCAAUUUGUUGUGUUGUUAAUGGUUAAUGUCUGUUUGUUGUAUAUUUUACCACUGAUAGCCACAUUUGAUUCAAAAUCAUAGCCAUCAAAAUAUCAUCAUUAUUGAACUUAUUAAUUUUAAAUUGUUAUUUAUUAAUAUCAUCUGAUCGGUUUAUAUUCUCAUAAUCUAAUGUGUUGUGAACUGGACUAAUUUACUUGUGGCAAGUAAACUAACCUACAAAUUUGGUGAUUCAUGUCUUUGAAUUGGUAGAACUGUGAUGGAAGUCUUGUUUACUCCUGAUUACUACAUCUUUAGACGAGGUGACUCUAGCCUUUGGUUCAAGCGUAAUAGUCCAGAUUCUAAAGCGCUUCUCAAAACAGGUUAUGAUUUCAAUCAGCUAACCAAUUUAACCUGCCUUGGUCUAGCCCAUGGACUAAUUGGUAAAUUUGGCAGUGACAAUUUGAUUGUCAUCCGCCAAAACCAAUGUGUUGGAACCAUUCCUGGUGUGAAAGGGUCAGAGGAUGAGGUUUAUCGGAUUAAGCGGAUUGCAAUAAUACAAUUAAAUGAUGUUGAUCCUAACCCAAGUGAAAUAGCCCUCGAACCUUGUACACUUCAUGAUAAUAAUCCAUUAACCGGUGUAUCAAAUGUCGAACAUGAAGAUGGAAGUGAAAAUCAAAUGUCAGGAACAACUUCAAGUCACUCACUAAGCGGUAUAGCAAGUGGUAAUGGUGGAAAUACAGGAGGUGUAUUCAAAACCUGGAGUUCCAUCAGAAGUGCAACCUCUUCAGUUAAAUCUAGUGGCAAUUUAAACAAAAGUCCUCGUGGUAGCUUUGCUCCAGGAAAGGAGAAGGGCGAAAGAAGAUUGAUCAAUGAAGUGCUUAAAAUGUUCAACAAUACUGACUCCUUUUACUACUCACCAACCGGCGAUCUCUCAAACAGUCUACAAAUGAAACAUAUACUAGCCGAACGUAAAGAAAAUAAAACGAGUAGUAAUUCCGAGCUCAGUCACGAUGAAAAAAGUACUAGUGAUAAUGUCAAGUACCCAUGGGAUGUUUUUGAUAAAAGAUUUAUAUGGAACCGUCACAUGAUGGACUCUCUUAUUAGUGGAUGUGAAGAGGAAAUUACAGGGUUGCUUGAUCUCAAUUUUUGGAUUGUUCCUGUUGUUCAGGGAUUUUUUCAAAGCGAAACUUGUUUCAUUGAUGGCGAUAAAUUAGAUGGUAGUGAUUUAGAGUUUAGAGAGUACCAAAUGAUUCUGAUUUCACGCCGCUCAAGAUUUCGAGCUGGAACUCGGUACAAAAGAAGAGGUCUUGACGAAGAUGGUUACUGUGCAAAUUAUGUAGAAACCGAACAAAUAUUUAAAUAUGGAGCUCAUGUUGUCUCAUUUGUGCAAGUUCGGGGUUCAGUUCCCAUAUUUUGGAGUCAACCAGGUCAUGCGUAUCGACCACCGCCGAGAAUUGACCGGUCAGAAGAGGAAACACAGAGAGCCUUUGAAGCCCAUUUUCAAAAGGAAUUCGCAAUCUAUGGUAGAGAAGUCAUAAUUAAUUUGAUCGAACGCUGGGGACGUGAACGGGUAGUGGGCGAAGCAUAUUUAAAUCACACUGUUAAUUUUGAUUCACCCUUGUUAACUUACGUAUCAUUUGAUUUUCAUGAGAGAUGUCGGGGAAUGAAGUUUGAAAACGUUUCUAUAUUAAUUGCAAAUAUUAAAGAUAUAAUACGAGACAUGAAAUACUGCUGGGUUGAUGACCAAGGAGUUAUUCAAUCACAAGAUGGUGUAUUUCGUGUCAAUUGCAUUGACUGCCUUGAUCGAACAAAUAUUGCACAAACUGCCAUCGCACGAACAGUUAUGGAUACUCAGUUCUCCAAACUCGGAGUUUUAUGUCCGGAUAGUGAACUUCCACCAAACUGUCGUCGUAUAUUCCAAAUAAUGUGGGCUAAUAAUGGUGAUUCAAUUAGUCGACAAUAUGCUGGAACAAAUGCCCUCAAAGGUGAUUACACACGAACAGGAGAAAGACGUCUUGCUGGUAUGGUUAAGGAUAGUUACAAUUCAGCUUCACGGUAUCUUCAAAAUCGUUUUAAAGAUGCUUAUCGACAAGCUGCGAUUGAUAUGAUGCAGGGUAACCCAAUAAGUGAUAGCGACUUAAGAAGCCCAGACAGUGAAAAUGUUUAUGGUGAUGAUGAUGACGAUGAAGACAUUGAACACCAUGAACGAGUUAAACAAGUCAUUGAAGAUUGUAAAAAAAUACUUAUCCCAGAAAAUGAGGUUAUCCUAGGUGGAUGGCCUUUAAUUGAUGCUGAUCCGUCAAACGACACAAGUCAUCCAUCCAUUGAAAUGGAUACUGUAUUAAUAUUAACCAAAGAUUGCUACUAUGUAGCUGAGUAUGAUGAUCAAACUGAUCGAAUCACAAAGUAUCAAAAAGUAUUAUUAGAAGAUUUAGAAAAAAUUGAAUUUGGACCCGAACCAGGUGCGCAACUACUUUUUUCAUCGCUUUCAUCAAAACUACAAAAACAAAGCUACUGUAUUCGCUUUCAUUACCUAGUCAAUGGACAGUCUGGUUAUUUCCAUAUGUUUCGGCCAACAAAUACUCGUUUCUUUAACAACAUGGCAAUACCCGUGAGAACACCUCAGGAAUCUAUUGAUUCUUUAAAAGCCAUUUGUGAAUCAUUUAAAGUUGCUCUUUGCGUUAAAUCGUUGAAUGUUCCUCUUUACGAAGGUCGACUAGAGAAACGUAAAAGUAAAACUGUCUCUUUUGCUGGUAAACAGCCAACCAGUCAAGGAUCGAUGCAACCUCGUAAAGUUCGCCAUUAUACACAUUCUUCAGUCGGACAAAAAAGUGGUUCAAGCUUACUUCCUCGAAAUAUUUCCGAUGGUAAUUUGCUGAAUUUAAAAAAUGUUGGAUCGCGAGCAUUGAAUAAUGUUUCCUGUCAAUUGGCUCGUUUUAAGGGUAAAUUGACUGGUAACGCUCGAAGUAAUCCUCAUUUGGCUCUAGGAACUGUUAGUGAACAACGACUCGAGUCGAUCCAAUCAUUUGCAGGUGUUGAUACUUCAGUUGCCUCUUCAGAAGAAGAUAUCUACGAUGAAGAAUGGGAAGGAGCUGUUGGCGUUACAACAGAUGAGAUAUCAGAAGAUGAAUCACUUCGUAAAUCAAAUCGAACACGUAUGUUUCGUGAUCAACAAGCAAGUAUUGCUUCAAACGCAUCAUCAGUCUUCUUAACUGAAAGGACACUUUCAUCGGACUAUUCAGAGUGUAGUGACUUAGAAGAUACCGAUGACAUUAUUUUGGGCUCUCUUUGUGAAGAACCAAGAUCUUUGCCAUUCCAAAACGCCGCAGCACUCUCAUUAGCUGGUAAUGACACUUUACUCGAAAGCUGUGGUAUAUUAACAAUUAGUCCCCCAUUGAAGCCGGAUUACGAGGAAUCGGGAAAUGCUAAUAACUCUCAUGGUCAUAGAGGUAAAAAUCGUAAAUCUCUUUUAAAAGAUGUUGAUGACUUUGUCAUUGACGCCAUGAACAAAGCUGGCCUUAAACAGCUUCAUCGAAAAGCCUCGGAAAGUUUGACAUCUCUCCCGCUGAGAGGAAAAUAUCCUUCAAUUCCAUCAACAUCUCAACCCCGAGCUCCUCAGAUUGAAAUAUCUGACUCUGCAAGUGGAUUCGAGGUUAGUCCACCUUCACCAACCAAUCAACCAAGAGCCCGUAAAUUAUCCAAAUCCUCGGAAGAUAUCGAGUCUUUUGAAACUUUGUCCACGAGAACUUUAUGUAACACCAGCAGUGCCUCUUGCGCUGCAUUAUCUGGUUUACCUGCUAAUGAGGAAAAUAGAAUCGGCAAAACUGACGACAUUCCUGACCCAUCAUGUGCAAAAUCAUCCACAACUUUACAAAUAACUCCUAUUAAGAUGAAAACAUCACACAGUGAGAUGGCUUUAGGUCAAAGUCAAGAGAAUCGUCUAGCGCUUAACAUUAACAGUUCCUCUAACCUGUCAAAUAAUCCGUUAUCUUCGCCCAUUUUAAUGAAAAAAGAUCUCAUCCUUUCACCAAUAUCUCGAAUAGCUAAAGGUGUACAUUCCUUUGGGCUUAACCUAAGGUCACAUUAUUCUAGUGAGAAUCAACAAUCAACUCAAGUAUACGAUCCAAAAGCGUGUGGUAAAAAUUACGAAAAAACCACAAUCAUCUUUAUUUAGAGUAAAAAAAAGGAAAUUCCAGUUUUACCAUUCAUUCUAGAUAACAGUCACCAUGUUCAUAGCCAUUAAUCUCAUCUCUCGGACCACUGAACUCAGAUUUAUUCUUUUUUUUCCUCUAUUUACUUUCCAUUUUUAUUUAUCUUCUCAAUCUUCCUUCUUUUUUCAGUAUUUUUCUUUUUCAGAUAAAUAUUUAUUAUACAUCAGGCUAGUUAGAAUCUCAUUUUUGUUCAGUUUAUACAAACAAAUACAGAAACAACAGACCCAAGUAAACCAUCAAAAUAUUGGAUAAUUUUAAAUUGAUAAUUACUAUUUCACUCUCGAAGGAACACAAACACACACAUAAUCUGUCAAUGGUGACAGAUCGAUUGGUACUCACAAUUAUCCUCACAGUGAACUCUGCUCUACAACCGUCUGUGAUUGAAAUAACAAUUAAUAUACAUUCACUUAUAAAUAUCAUAUUAUAAAAACAUUGGCAAAGAAGCAUCUAAAAAGAGCGUGAAAAGUGUCCUCGACUCGGGGACCUUUUAGCUUAACAGGAUUCAUCUGUAUGGCCAGAUUACUGUUAUAAUGUUUAUUUAUUUUAUUUGUCUUGGAGUAGUUCAACAUUGGAAAUCAUGAAAUUCAGUAAAUAGGUUGUCAUCUAAGUUCGUUUACCUUAAAUUUGCUUAAUUUCGCUCAUUAGAAAUCAAAAAAUUUGGUAAGCAUACGAACUUAGUUGACCACCUAAUAUCAAUGGAAUCGUAUAUUAUUAUUUCUCCAGGUUUCUGCCUUUAGACAUUUUUCUCAACCUUUUCCAUAAGAAAACUUCGCUAGUCGCUUUAAAAUUGACAUCAUCUUACAAAAAAACAUCAACAUUAAUAUACUCAAAAUCAUAUAAUAAAUGAUCAAGUUAAUUGUUAUUGGGAAUGUUUGACGAGUGAUUUGCAAUAUUUGUAUGUUGAAUGUAAACAACCAACUUAAAUUGUUAAGCGCAUUAAAAUCUGUAAGAUUCCAAAUGAAAUGAUAACAAUAAAUUAAAUAUAAACCGAUUUAA